AUGAGUGGAAAAGCAAAGGCAAGAAGGGCUGCCAUGUUUUUUAGAGGUUGCUCUGAAGACGCCAGAGGUAGCACCAGUGGCAGCACUUUGCUAUCAGAGGAUGAAAACCCUGAUGCGAAUGGGGUAACUCGAUCAUGGAAGAUUAUUCUAAGUACAAUGUUUACAUUGACUUUUCUUCUUGUAGGUAAACUCCUAAGUCAUCAGUGGCUUAAAGAAACAGAGGUCCUCAGAAAUCCAGAGCAAUUAUAUGCCAUAAUUGCAGAAUAUGGCUCAAGGCUUUAUAAAUAUCAGGCCAGACUUCGUAUGCCUAAAGAGCAACUGGAACUUUUAAAGAAGGAAAGCCAGACUCUGGAAAACAAUUUUCGUAAAAUUCUACUUUUGAUUGAACAAAUAGAUGUCUUGAAGGCAUUGCUUAGAGAUAUGAAGGAUGGUACGGACAAUAAUCACAGCUGGAACACCCAUGGAGACCCUGUGGAGGACCCAGACCACACGGAGGAAAUGUCAAACUUGGUCAAUUAUGUACUUAAAAAGUUGAGAGAAGACCAAGUCCAGAUGGCUGAUUAUGCUCUGAAGUCGGCCGGAGCCUCCAUCAUUGAAGCUGGGACCUCAGAAAGUUACAAAAAUAAUAAAGCAAAAUUGUACUGGCAUGGGAUAAGUUUCCUAAAUCAUGAAAUGCCUCCAGAUAUUAUUCUUCAGCCGGAUGUCUACCCUGGAAAUUGCUGGGCUUUUCCAGGUUCCCAGGGUCAUACCCUAAUCAAGCUUGCUACAAAGAUCAUACCUACUGCUGUUACCAUGGAGCACAUCUCAGAGAAGGUGUCUCCCUCAGGAAACAUCUCCAGUGCACCCAAGGAAUUUUCUGUCUAUGGCAUCACAAAAAAAUGUGAAGGAGAAGAAAUUUUCCUAGGUCAGUUUAUAUAUAACAAAACAGGAACCACCGUUCAAACAUUUGAACUCCAGCAUGCUGUUUCUGAAUAUUUAUUAUGUGUGAAACUUAACAUCUUUAGCAACUGGGGACACCCGAAGUAUACUUGUUUAUAUCGAUUCAGGGUCCACGGCACACCAGGCAAGCGCAUCUAG